AAGACACCAGCUCCCCUAGCUGACCCUGAGGCACCUUCUGGGCCGAAAUGGAGGUGGCCCUGGGUACAGCUGUGGAGGAAGGAGCCAGGAGAGGGCAGGAGCCAGGGAAGGCAGCUCUGGGGCUUCCUUCGCAGGAAGCCAAGGAGCCAGGAGCUGCGCCCCAGGGUCCAGCAGGAGCCGUCCACCACCAUGGCAGCUGAGGAGCCCUGCGCCAGCCCGACCCUGGCCCCCGAGGAGCCUCCCGCCAGUACCACCCUGGCCACGGAGGAGCCUCCCGCCAUUACCACCCUGGCCACGGAGGAGCCUCCUGCCAGCCCAGAACAGGAGUUGAGCGAGUGCGCAACAAACACCAGCAGCUCCGCAUACUCCUGCGGGGCCAGCAGCUCCUCCGUGGGGUCUGGCAGCCCUGUGUUUGAAGGCUCCCUCUUUGGAGACACCCCCAGUGCCCAGGUAUCGUGGGGUGAGGAGGAGGAGGAGGAGGAGGAUUUGUCCCCCAUCACAGUGAUCGAGCAGCACCUCCAGGGCAGAGCUGAGGUACAAAAAUCCCCCAGCUGCGCUGCCACCCAGUCUGUCCUGCUCCUUGUUCCAUCCCCACCCAGGCAGGGGGGCUUGUCCCAGAGAAUCCCUCACCCCCAAUGGGGGGGUCACAUCUCCUCUGUUAUCUGGCACCCCAAAGUGGAGACAUUUGUCCCACACAGGCCAAGGUUUCCGCUCCCCGCAGACACUAUCCCAGUUACAACCCCAUGUCUGUGCAGGGCGACACUGGUUCCGGGAAGGGGGCGGCUUUCCCUGUCCAACCCCAUGGAGGUCCUGAGCCCUGGAGCUGGUUUGGGUUGGGCGGGGAGGUCCCUAUGUAACAGGCUCUCUCUCCCGCCACCCCACUCCUAGCUGGUGGCGGACAGGGCCAAACAGCUCCGCUUCCUCCACACUGUGCCGCGUCUCUGCUUCUCGGCACACAAGCAGGGGCGGGACACCCUGGAGCCCCCGGUCUCCAGCGCCCCUCGUGGAGAGCAUUGGGGUGAGUGGGACCCCGUGCUCGGCCCCUGGGGCGAGGGAGCCAGACAUGGGAGGAAGCGUUAGUGGGGCCGGAGCGGGACGCAG